AAUUUGGCCGAAUCUUGGGAGUGUACCUGGUGUGGGGUGACGGUUCUUAACCAACCGUUUAACUGGGUAAAGUUCUCACCAUAUAUUGAGCGUAGUAAAACACGCCUUCCUCUAUUAGCUCCACCCGAAGACUCGUAGAGUUAUUUUCGGGGUCAAACGUUGAAUUAUCCUAUUUCAAAAGUGGAGCAACAAGAGGAACACGUUCAACAGCACUGAUGACAAAGAGAGCGUCAUCGCAGCUGACCAUUGAAGUGAUAUCCCCUUAUUUUACUCAAAGCAUUCAAACAGCGUCCAAGAAACUUGGUGUAUGUUGCACACUGCUUAAAAAGAUUUGCCGGAAAUACGGCAUCACUCGUUGGCCUUAUAGAAAAAUUCAAAGUAUCGAGAGAUCGAUUCAACAGACAAAGGAGCGACUGCAAUUCUUGGAACAAUACGUCGCUCAAGAAAAAAAUGGAAACGCAUAUAAUGAAAUGUUGAAAUUGCGAACCGAACUUUUCGAAUUGGAGCGAAAAAGAGAGUCGUUGUUGAGGCCGGAUAAAAGUUUGAUCAAUCCUUAUAGCUUGGAACCCAAUUACUUGAUAUCUUUGAAUGCAAAGGAAUUGGAGUCAUUGGAGAAAAAUUCUUCUUUAUGGUCACAUUCAGCUACACAAGAGACAGCUCAACAUAGAAGAACUAUGGUGGAAGAGUAUACAGACCAUUCUGGAAAUAUGCGCCCAUUAUCGCCUAUUUUGUCUUUGGAUAGCUCGGAACCUGAGUGCAGUGCACAUUCGUCCUCUUGUUAUAGUCGUCCCAUGUCUCGGUUUCCCAAAUGUGAAGGGUUUGAAGACUAUGACUCAGUGAGGCUUCCACUCGAAGUAACAAGUGAAGUAACCGCAUAUUCGGAGGCUGAUUCACCAUUGAAAAGGAAUAAUUUGAUUGUGAGCAAUACUUCUCUUGAGUAUCAUCAAGACUCUUCUUAUGAAUUGCCUGGUUGGAACAUGCAAUGGGGGAGGGACUCCGUACCCUCCGGUAAGAUUCAAGAGGAUAUGAGAUUACAACAAACAGGUUCUUGCGAGAAACUUCCACGUUAUGUAAUGCAUGAAGACUUUUCGCAUUCUCCUGCAACGGAUGAAGAUCCUCGACUCGCAAACCGAUUUCUGCAAUUGCCAUUGAAUUCGAGAGAUACGUUGUGGAAUAGAAUGAGAGCUUUUGGAACUUUGAACAAUGUUCCUGACAGAGAGAAUUGUGUGAAAAAUAUGAAACCAUUUAGUGGUAUGGAAGGUCAAACGAUGUAUAAUACCUUCCCAGAUGAUAUGAUAUUAUCUCACGUGACUAGUACGGAUGACAUGAGCACGAUCGAUGAAAACAUGUCAUAUAGUGGGGGAUAUGAGAAAAGAAAGCCGAUGAAACAAGAUAUGGGUAUUUUUGAAGGUUCUUGGGAAAGUGCACAUAUACAGAAGACUUUGUCCAGUGUAUAUCGACGUAUGGAACAUUUGGAGCAGGAAAACCAGCGACUUCGAUCCAAGCUAAGUCGUUUGUUGGCAAGCUUUCCUGUACAGACCGAAGAGACUAAGGGGGAACAAGGUAGUUUUUACAAGGGGUUUCCUUCAAACCAGAAUACCCUCAUGACUGGAAUGUAUGGUGGUGAUAUGUUGGAAAGAAGCUAAGAAGCAUAUCAGAGUAAAACCUGGUUGGGUUGGUCAGAAUACGUUCCGAGGUUCUUCUGGCUUUUGUCAAUCCCGUGUAUUCUUAGUAUAUGUAAGCAAAACCUUUAGGUUUUGUAGAUAUGUCCGUUUGCAGCUGUGACUCAAUGUUAGUCAUUGCUGAAGUGAGGUGUAUUUAAAAAUUAAAAAUCAUUUCUUGUCA